CCCUCUGCCCAACCACCCUGACACCAGCGCCACCACACUGCGGCGGAGUUGUCGGGAGAACCCUGAACAGGGGAAGGGGGGUCGCCCGGGCCGACCAAAGACGGCGCUCUCCUCCAGGAAACAGGUGACGAAGAUGUUGGCCGUGGUGGUGAUCCUCUUCGCUCUGCUGUGGAUGCCGUACCGGACGUUAGUUCUGAUCAACUCUUUUGUGUCCACGCCGUAUCUGGACGCCUGGUUCCUCCUGUUUUGUCGGACAUGCAUUUACGCCAACAGCGCCAUAAACCCCGUGAUAUACAACGCCAUGUCUCAGAGGUUUCGCUCUGCGUUUCGCGGACUUUACCGUUGCCAGCGGCCCGAAGGAAUUCAGAGGACACUGUCGACAAUCCAGACCGGCCUCAGCACCAGAGACCCGCGGACAUCCCACGCCAGCAGAACAGCAGCCGAUAAAAAGGCCAAGAUGACCGUCCUGAACACCACCACCGAUCUGACUACGAAGCAGAACGGAAGCAGCCACCAGGAGGCGAGCGAGAAAAAAGCCAAACAUCCGUCUGACAUCACAACAGCUGCCUUCAGUUUCUGUGUGCGUCCCUCAGAAACGCUGCCAUCUGGAGGUGAAGACGUGGCUCAGCCGUCCGCAAACGCUGCCACGGACAAACAGGAAAACAA